AUGCCCACACUACAGCCCCUGGACCGUGACCCACCCCACGGCCGGGCUCAGUGGCGACUGCGGGUGACUGCGUCAGAUGGCGAGCUGGAGACGCACACUGACGUACGCGUCAACCUCAAGGACGUCAACGACAACGCUCCGUACUUCCCCUCCCACACCACCACCACCACCAUCUCCGAGGACACGCCCAAAGGCACCGUGGUGGCCCAGAUGGUGGCCACGGACCACGAUGACCCCGAUGAGGGCCACAACGCUCGCCUGGUCUACUCGCUGGAGAAGAAUGUGAUAGACGAGUCGAGCGGGAGCCCCAUCUUCAGCAUCGACAGUCA